UCAGAGUCGCGUUUGGAUGACGACGCUAGCAGAGGAGGUGCUGCUUUGCCACGUCGGUCUCUGUGCAGCGCACUUACACUGUUGCUCCUCCAGCCCAGCACUAACUUCUAGAGCCGAUUUAUGUUUCCAGAGGAGGAGAGAGCGACCCCCCAGCGUCGCCGUUGCCGUUGUAAGUCGUCGCCACGCCCGCAUAGUGUUGGAUAUUGAAGCUGGAAGGUGGAGAAAUGCCCGUUGCUGUCUGGACUCGUCACACAACUGACUGAUGCAUCCUCGCUCGGCUCAGUUCAGCCCUCCGCAUGUUGUCGAUGUUGUUGACCUUGAAGUACAUGGUGGAUUUUUGAGAGGAACGGUAACUGGCGACCAUGCCAGGAGGCCGCAGGGGUCCCAGCAGACAGCAGCUAAGUCGCUCCUCCCUGCCGUCCCUGCAGACUCUGGUCGGAGGCAGCGUCAGCAAUGGCACGGGCCUCAGGAACAGAAGCAGUAACUCGGUGGGUCUGUCUGCUCCGCCCAUUUCUACUCUCAUCACUCCGGAGCCGGUCCGUCACUCGCGGAUCCCCGAGCUGCCGUUGGACAGCAGCUUCCUGUUUGAGUUCCUGCUCUUUCUCUACCUGUUGGUUGCUUUAUUCGUCCAGUACAUCAACAUCUACAGGACGGUGUGGUGGUACCCCUACAGUCAUCCGGCUGCCUCUACCUCACUCAACUUUCAUCUAAUGGACUACCACCUGGCUAUCUUCAUCACUGUUAUGUUAGCCAGGAGGCUUGUUUGGACCAUUGUGUCAGAGGUGUCUCAGAGCAGCGGAGGGUCCCUGCUCCGCUACAUAGUACUUAUUACAGCCCGGCUCAGCCUGCUGACCAUGUGCGGCUGGGUGCUCUGCUGGACGCUGGUCAACCUGUGCAGGAACCACUCUGUCCUUAACCUUCUGUUCCUGGGAUACCCAUUCGGUGUGUACGUCCCACUCUGCUGCUUCCAUCAGGAAGGAGGCAAAAGCCCGGCGCCGGGCUCUGACUGCGAGUACCCCGCCGAGCAGCAGCAGGCCGACCUCGCAGAGUCCCAGCUCUUCCGACCUCGCGACUUCCUCUUCCUGCUGCGGGAGAACAUCAGAGAACAGUUCUCCAGCCCCCCACACAUGCCCACUCACACCUGCCCGCAGCACAUACACUCGGACACGCCCGAGCUGAUUCGAGCAGAAGUGGAGGAGCUGAAAAGCGACUUUAACCGGCGGAUCAAAGAAGUGCUAUUCAACUCACUGUUCAGUGCUUACUAUGUAGCCUUCUUGCCUCUCUGCUUCGUCAAGAGUACACAGUACUACGACAUGCGCUGGUCUUGUGAGCAUCUGAUUAUGGUGUGGAUCAACGCCUUUGUGAUGCUGAUGAGCCAACUGCUGCCUCCCAGCUACUGCGACUUGCUCCAUCGCUCGGCGGCUCACCUGGGCCGCUGGCAGAAACUGGAGCACGGUUCAUACAGCAACACACCUCAGCAUGUGUGGUCAGAAAGCACCGUUUGGCCUCAGGGGGUGUUGGUACGACACAGUCGAUGUCUAUACAAGGCUGUUGGAUCCUAUAAUGUUGCGCUUCCCUCUGAUGUUUCCCAUGCAAGGUUUUAUUUCCUGUUUCAUAAGCCAUUGCGGAUCUUGAACCUGCUGAUCGGGAUCGAGUCCAGCGUGGUUUUGUACCAGCUAUACUCUCUGCUGCGCUCUGAGCGCUGGAACCACACGCUGUCCCUGGGCCUUAUCCUCCUCUGCAACUAUUACGUGCUUUUUAAACUUCUCCGAGAUCGCAUUGUGUUGGGCAAAGCCUACUCCUACCCUCUGUCCUCCAACAGUUCGGGGCUCAAGUCGCAGUAAAAAGGACAACAAAACCUCACCUACAAACUCUGAGCAUGGAGCUGUGGGCCGGAGGGGGUGCAGACUGUGAACUCACAACUGUGUUUUUGAUACGGUUCUAUUUUUAAUGCGAUGUUUGUAUAUGCCUAUUUAAAAGAAUAUUUUUAUUUUGUAUACUAUUCCGUGUUACACCGGGCAUUACCGCUCUGACAUUAGCAUGUUGUUACGUUGUUGCCAGACGACAGGGAAGUCAGGGAAUGCCUGGGGGUGACUUUCACCAAAGAUACUUUCACGUGCAAGCGGCCAAUCGCACACCAGAUGUGGCCCGAAACUGUUAAUAAAGUGGGGAACUCGAGACGAGAGGAAAGAUUUGUGCCUGAGAUCCAGAUUGUUGUUUCUUUUUAUUAUUAUUAUUCUUAUUAUUUUUUGCUUCAGCCCAGACUCUUUUCUCUGCAGGCAGCCAGUUUUUUGGGAGGCAACAGGUUUGAUCAUUUCAAGCAUCAAUGCUGCAAUUUAUGGCAACCCUUAGAUUCUGCUUUUAAAGUAGUUUGUAAUUUUGCCCAAAUGUUCUCAUUGGCAGAGUUGGAUGGGAAAGGUCACUUAUUUUAUUUCCUUUGGGAUCAUAACUAAAUUCCUUAGUUUAAUCAAAAUAAAGCUGAAGCAUGCAGCUGUAAUGUGGGCCGUACUGACUUUUUCCAUGUUUCAUUUGAUCAACUCUGUGUUUUUUUUUUAUCCGACUAUACCCAAAAAUAUAUAAAUUUCAAAAUGACAAACUAUUUCUAAAGCAGAUUUUUUUUUUUUUUUUUUAGUAGUUUUGUUCAGUUUUGACAGGAAUAUCAAAAUAAGUGCAACAGGAGGCAAACUGAUCCUAGAAGUCUACAAAAGAAGCUAACUUGGUUGAACUGUGCUAAAUGUUUGUUUCCCCUCGCUUCACAUCAGCUGUAGCUCCGCCUGUUGUCAAACCGUAGCGCUCACAUGAUGCGGAGGUGUCCAGGAGAGCGUAUCGUCAACAGGUGCAUUAUUUAGUUCGAAACUCUGACAGAUUGCUGACCUACAUUUGACUUGCUAAAUUCAACUAUCUGUGACGUUGUAGGUUUCUGUUUCAGGUUGUUUCCACAACACUUCAACUCCUGAAUGGGAAUUAAAUGGCAGGAUGAUACAACUUGUAAUGGUAUUAAGUCCAGUUUAGCUGUUUUGUUGGGUUAGAGUGGAGAAAAUGAAGAGAAUGUGGCGGGUAAAGUGGUGUCCUUGGCUAUCCCAGCACUUGUUUCCACUGUAACACGAAAAAGCUGUCAUCACACACAGAUCUGGAUUUACCAGAAGCUACUGCUGGGUUGGGGGUGAAAGCCAAAGUGAAAGCUGGCAGGAAAUACUCUUGUAACAUUUCCAGUUCCUAUAUGCAAAGUUUCCAAACAAAGGUCACGUUCUGUUUCGUCUCACUCAGUGAUCAGCCUCGUGUCCUUCGUUGCUUUUUCUGUUUGAGCUCCGGCGCUGAAACUCCCGAAAUGAAACUCCCGAAUCUUCGGUUAAACUUGAUGCAAAAUACAAGUGCCAGUUUUCUAAUUAGGUUUGCUCUUCGGUGCUUUAUGUGUUUCACAUUUUUCACACGAAUGUAGUAAAUAUCAGCAACGAAAUGGUUCUGUUGAGAUUGCAUGUUUGUGCAGCUGAUUCCAACCAGCCUUAAGAGCACGGUGAUUUGAAAUACUGGUUUUGAAUGUUGUGGUUCUCCCAUCUUUUCACUCGCCCAUAACUGAGUAACGCUGCUUAAGGGUUUUAGGUUCUGCAUCUGUUAAGUUUACUUAAAUCCUUCAUCUUCACUCCCUUCCAAUUGGCAACUCCGAAGUAGGUCGAAAAAAAGAAAAAGCGAUCAGUCUGUAUGUUGACAGAUUACAUGUUCUUCACCUUUUGAUCCCAUUGCUGUGAAAUGUAUUUGAUCUUAUAUGAGUUUACAUAAAAUUUUACAAAAUGAUAAUGUGACUCAAUUGUUUCAAACUGAAAAUAAGAUUUGGGGUUGGGAGGGGGGGAGGGGUUCUCUUUUGAUUUCAGUGUGCCAAAUCCCAGGAUCCAGGUUCAGAUUGCUGGGUAUUCAGCGUGUCACAGCUGGGGAAGUUAUAGGACCCGCUCCUCAUCUCUCAGCUUUUGACAGUAUUCAGCUUCCGCAAAUCAUUUCUGGAUAUUCUGACACCUGAAAUAAAGUAAAUAUGUUCAAACCAGUUGAGUUAUAUAUAUAUUUUUUUAAGGAUCUGCUUCAUUACAUUUUUUGUAGUCUCUGAUUUUUAGAAAAGCACAAGACUCAUCUGAAUCCAUACCGAGUAAAAAAAAAAAAAAAAAAAGAAUUGGAGAUGCAUGCAGUACUUUAUCUCGCCACGAGAUGACGCCAUACAACAAGCUCCAAUAACUCACGGCCCACAAAGAACAAGUUUUUAGGAAUCAUCCUGUAAAAUAAAGAUUAAUUUAUUAGACUCCAUUAGCAUUGAAAAUAAUGUAUGCUUGUUGAUUAACUUUUAUGUCCACUAGAAGAAGGUGCAAGGUACAGUUUACAACUUUGGCUUAGCUGACAUGUACAUUCAUCCACAGGUAUGAUUUUCAGUAGAAGUCUUGACAGUGCAUUCUUAAUCAACAUAACUGUGACAAAGGAAAGACGUCUCCUCUCCACCAGUUUGCAUUUCACAUCACGAAAGCCAACAGAUACUUUGAUUGUUCACAAUCAUCUUUUAAAAAACAAAUACAAUCUUCUUUAAAAAUAUAUAGGACUUUAGAGGUGUAAAUGAAGGUGCGACGAUGAACAUAAAAAUAAAGGUUUGAAUGGUUUUGAUUGCUUACUUUACCUCCCCCGAAAUGGGACAAAACCAUGAAGGUUAUUUGUUUUACUGUGUCGUUGUUGAACAUAAAUAUGGAAUCCUGUGGCUUCCGGCAAUCCAAAAGAAAAUGCAUCGCCUCGCUAAAGUAUCCGUACGGCUUGAAUUGUUCGUGUUGUCACGUUACAAUCACAAACCUCAAUGUUUUUAACUGGGAUUUUCCUAUCACCAACAGAGUAAGCUCAUAAUAAUUAUGUAGGAGUAAAAAGAUGCAUAGUUCUCAAAAACUUUUUAAAAAUAAAAAGUGUGCACAACUGGGAGAAUGGUGUUGACAGGACAACUGUUAGCAUAGCAUUCCAGAAGAUGAAGAAAGCUACUGUUGCCACAAGUCACGUAUAAAAGAUGGAAAACGAAGAAGGUUUAGAUGAGACUGAAAUGUAACUUUCUGGGCUACAUGGUAAAUUGGUGGUUGAAAACUGUUUUGGUAAAUGAUGAAACAAGGAGGCGGCAGCCUUUUUUUUUUUUUUCAGAAGUGCAGGGAAGGUUGGAGCUAAAUGCUGGGCAAUACUGGAGAAAUGUUGGGGCAGCGAAAGAGGUUCACCAAACAUAAAUACCCCCCUGGAUUAACCAUUCUGUUUGUAAUACGCCCACCCUUUAAAUAAACAAUAUUGUGGGGAAAAAAAUAUGAUGCACUUAUCAGAAACAUUAAGAACUAAAAAAAUAUGCUGACGAGUUUGCUGCUAGUCUUUUGCCUCACAAGGAGAAUUUUAUAGAUGAUCCAACAAAACCUAAACAUAUUUUGAAUUUUAAACAUUUCAAAUCAUGCCCAGCAUCUUUUUUU